CCCCGAAACCGACCACUGAAAUUGGUGCUGACGGGCUAAACUUCCCCUGCAUCGCGACGCCGCAGCGCAUGAGGAAUCGAGCACCCUUGAAUUUAUUUUUAUGCGAGUUCCAGUCUUAGCUUUAAAAGUUAAGGUACUUUUACACACUCUUUCGACUGGCUGCAAUAUAUAUUGUACUUCUCGCCUCUGCCUCUCAGCAGGGCAUCUUCCUAUCCAUGUCAACAUCACGAGACUUCGCUGUCCCAGCGGAGCACGACAAUACCACGCAGCCUCAGGACGAUAUAGAACGGAGCACUCGCCAAAGCCAUUCAUCCAACACCAACGUAUCUGAUGAGAAGGAUCAACAUGUCCGCUACAACCUCACCCUCAACACGCAGAACCUCUCCCCGCCCAAGGCUGAGCCUAUGCGGCCAGUGCGUUCCGACACAGAGGUCCAUCGCGAAAUGACAUUUUCGCCCUCGAUAUUGCGACGCCGAAUGACUCGCGCUCCAACGUUCAAGACGGUGGAGGAUUAUGAUGAGUUCGACACUGCCUUUGGCGAUCGCCCUGGUUGGCAGCCUGGCUCCGAACCUGGCUAUGACCCAAAGCUUCCCGAUGGAGGUCAUGCUUCGAUGCCUGCACUUCAAGCGCCCUGUGAGAUUUCUGUAAUCGACUUUUCGCAAGAGAACAUGGUUAAACGGCACUUCGAUAAUACGACUUUCAUCGACUUCCUUGAACAGCCAAAAGAAGAAUGGGCCAAAUGCCGAUGGAUCAACGUCAAUGGACUCAGUUGGGAUGUUAUUCAGGCAAUUGGGAACAAGAAGGGUCUUCACAAGCUUGCUCUGGAGGAUUUGAUGCAGAUUAGGAACCGAACGAAGGCUGAUUGGUAUCCAAAUCACGCUUUUAUCGUCAUGACCCUGCAGAAGCUUGUCCACCUGGUUGACGAUGAAGAUGACACGACCAGUACAAGCAGCACAUACUCUAGCAAGACGUUGGGUGCUUUGAGAGGAUCAGUGAGGCAGCUUUGGAAUACUCGCAGAGCAGCUGACCCCGAGAAGAACUUCGAGACCUCGUUACCACGGGAUAUUACAGCAGACCUGCAGGAGACUGGCAUGAUAAGGACAUUGCAGCGGUAUCACGCCUCUGGAAACGAGGCACGAACAGAAUUCAUGGAGAGUCAUUCAUCCCUUACGCCAUAUCAAAUGGCUGUUUCGGCAGAGCAGGUCUCUAUAUUUCUAACAUCAGAUAACACCGUCAUCUCCUUCUUCGAGGUUUCGGCGGGCGAUAUUGAGCGCCCCAUUGUCACCCGUCUGAGCACCCCAGGCACUAUUCUUCGCGAGUCCAAUGACGCAUCCCUGUUAUGUCAGGGCAUUAUCGACGCCAUCAUCGACCUCGCCAUUCCUUUGACGUCUAUUUACACAGACAUUAUUGCUGAUAUUGAGCUAGAUGUGCUCACCUCGCCGAGUAUCAGUCAAAGCAAAAAGCUGUAUAUAUGCAUUAGUGAGAUCAACAAAAUGCUGAGCUUCCUAAACCCAAUCGACAACCUAGUCAAUGUUCUGCGGGAUCACAAGACAUAUAUGACCCACGACCAAGCCAUGCAGGCACUGGAGAACCCUUCAACUGGCGUUAUUGUAACUCCUAUGACACACACAUACCUAGGCGAUGUGCUCGAUCACUGUAUUAUGAUAACUGAAGCUCUACAACAGCUCAAACAAUCAUCCGAUAACCUUAUCAACCUUAUUUUCAACACUAUAUCAGCCCACCAGAAUGAAUCGAUGAAGCAGCUCACCACUGUGACCAUCAUUUUCCUCCCUCUGACAUUCAUAACCGGAUUUUUUGGGCAGAAUUUUGCGGAAAAAGGGUUCCCCGAGAUCCAUCAUGGCAUUUGGUAUUUCUGGGCCUGUGCCGUUCCAACUGUUGUAGCGACCAUCUUGAUUCUCAUGAGAGAGAUGAUUUACAACUGGCUGGUGCGAGUCGUACAAAGAAGACAUAUCCUUACGCUUAGGAAGAAGAAGAAGAGGUCCAAGCAGCAAAAGAUAAAGCUCAAGGUGUGACGGAUACGCCGCCAGGGGGAGGUAAGAAAACUCAAGACCUCGAUCCUAAGCGACAAAAAGGCUUAGGUAAAUUUAGCAUAAGCUUAGGAAGCUUUUUGAUGAGUUUAUUUUGGCACCCUGCUGUAAGGCCCGAUAUGCUUUCCCUCCCCAAGGGCCGCUUAUGAGGUUGAAUGGCUGGAACAUUUGGAUUAGUGAUACCCAAGUAUUGGGAAAGGAGUAGGCGUAAUUCAUUUAUGAGUGGCAUCGGACUUGAGUAUAGUGUUCAUGAACAACUUUACUAGUCACAGUGGCCCUGAAAACUACUGAAGCGUGUCAAAAGUCUGGGAACAAAGCGAGCAGUAUACUAAAGUUACCUAAAUUUAUCAAUAUCAUAAAAG